CUGCUUGCAGCUCGAGCCCCUGCGCCAUUUUGUCUUCGGCGCAGUUGAGCUCGGUGAUUGGGUUUUGGAGAGCGGUACUGGAGCCAAUCAGAGGGGAACCGGGCGGCGGCGGAGGAAAAACGGAUUUAAUUUAUUUGGAGAAAACUGAAAACUUUGUUGGACUACCUGCUUAACUUGGUGUUUUAGAAAUGGAGCAGUACACAGCAACCAGUAACAACACCGGGGAACAAAUUGUUGUACAGACAGCGUCUGGGCCAAUACAGCAACAGCAGGGUGGGGUGACCGCUGUCCAGUUGCAGACAGAGGCGCAAGUGGCAUCCGCAUCAGGCCAGCAGGUGCAGACACUCCAGGUAGUUCAAGGACAACCUUUGAUGGUUCAGGUGAGCGGAGGCCAGUUGAUAACAUCUACAGGCCAACCCAUUAUGGUUCAAGCAGUCCCUGGAGGACAAGGACAGACCAUUAUGCAAGUGCCUGUCUCUGGAGCCCAGGGCCUUCAGCAGAUUCAGCUCGUUCAGCCAGGCCAAAUCCAAAUCCAAGGUGGUCAGGCUUUGCAAGUGCAGGGUCAACAAGGUCAGGCUCAACAAAUCAUCAUUCAGCAGCCCCAGACUGCAGUUACUGCAGGGCAGACCCAGGGGCAACAACAGAUAGCUGUGCAAGGCCAGCCAGUGGCACAAACAGCAGAAGGGCAAACAAUUGUAUAUCAGCCUGUCAAUGCUGAUGGCACCAUCUUGCAGCAAGGUAUGAUAACUAUUCCAGCUGCCAGCCUGGCUGGUGCCCAGAUUGUCCAGGCUGGAGCAAAUACCAGUACCACAAAUAGUGGACAAGGUACUGUUACUGUCACAUUGCCUGUUUCUGGUAGCAUGGUAAACGCUGGUGGAAUGGUCAUGAUGGUUCCCGGAGGUAGUACAUUGCCAACCAUGCAGAGAAUUCCCCUACCUGGAGCAGAAAUGCUAGAAGAGGAGCCACUGUAUGUGAAUGCCAAGCAGUACCAUCGCAUCCUUAAGAGGAGACAAGCUCGUGCCAAACUUGAGGCAGAGGGAAAGAUUCCAAAGGAAAGGAGGAAAUACUUGCAUGAAUCUCGUCAUCGGCAUGCAAUGCAGAGAAAAAGAGGAGAUGGAGGUAGAUUUUUUUCUCCUAAAGAAAAGGAAGAGAUGGCGGUGCGGGCCCAGUCAGAUCAGUCUCAACCAGUUGAAGAAGUUGUGGGACAGAUGAUAAGAGUGUCAUAAUUGAAGAGCUUGUCCUGCUCAUCCUCCAUUCUUGACCUUGUCUACAUACUGUAGAGCUGGCAGCACAAUUCUCUCCAACCCCCUCCACCAGUGUGUGAGCGCCUGAAUGAGUAUUCAAACGUGGCAUAAUACAGUGUUGUGGAAGCAUUGCUGCUAAUUGUGUCCACACUAGCAGUCAAAUGUACAGUUUUUCUAAGUAUUUUUUGUUGUAAGUAGAGUAUGUGGCUGCAGUGAGAUUGGUUGGUUGUGUUUUCUUUCCUCAGUUUAUCUCCCAAGUUUGCACCUCCAGUUAUAAUUAUGAAUUUGAAGUUUCAUCUGGGUUCAAACAGUUACAACAUGCUUUUAUCAUUGUUAGUUAAGAUUAACUUGAUUAAUAAUUAUUGAAAUCCUACAUAGUGAUUUUUGUUCAUAUUUGGUACUUUCACUCAUACAGGAUGACUGCUGCUAGUUUGGAUGAAUGAAUGUGGAGAAUAUGUGACCCCACCUCCUAUGCUUCUUUUUUUUUUUAAAUUGAAAAUUGUGUCAUACAAACAUGAUAAAUUACCUUUUUUUAUUUUAUAUAUAUAUAUAUAUAUAUAUAUAUAUAUAAAAUUCAACUCUUCUGUAACACUUUGGGUGCUUUUUCUCAAGACCGAGUAUCAUUUGUAUUCAGAUGACUUUUUAUUAUUAUUAUUAUUAUUAUUAUUAUUAUUCAAGACUAAUGUGUAUCUGAAAUCUUUAAGGUGUUAGAUGUAGCACUUCCCUUAUGUAUUGUGUCUCUGAUCUAAAGUGUAAUGUGUUCAUGUGGAUUUUAACCACAGAAUUAAUGUCACAUAUCUAUCUAAGGUGGUACUCCAAAGCAACAGUGCAGUGUAGAGCUCAAACGGUCUUCUGGGAUUUCUGAUGCGUUUUUUUUUUUUUUUUUGUUACAUUCUGUGCCGAUUAUUGGUUUUCUUUAUAAUCUGACCAGAACAAUACAGUGUGAUGGUUUGUAUAGUAUUUAUGCAGCAAUGAAAGUGGUGAACCCAAGAUAGUGCUUUUUUUUCUUUUUCUUUUUUUAAAUACCAGUUUCACUUUUUAAUUUGUAGCUUAAAUUUCUGGUCUCACCACUUCAUUGAUGCAGGAGCAGUGCAUUACUUUAAAAGUAUUGUUUUCUUCACACAGUUUCCUUCUGCCUUGGAUUAAAACUUAUUUGUAGAGUUAAUUCAUGAUGUGCACUGCAUUUAAUGUCUAAGAAGAAGAAAUUGCUAGUGGUUUGUCUUUGCAAUACUUUCAAGGGCUUUUGCAUGUAGUUACAUUUGGGAUUGUCAGGUACUGUAUAAUGGGUUCUGUAUUUGGAGGCUUUUUCUCGGCAUUUGAAAGAAAAUAGGAACAUUUUGUGUAUAUACUACAAAACAUUUUUAUUGUUUUAUAUAUAUAUAUAUAUAUAUAUUAUUAUAUAUAUAUAUAAUGUGUAUAUAUAUAUAUUGUUUUUUCAAGCAUGAACAGUCUGCAUAAAAGUAAGCUGUAUAGGACAUGUACUGUGUACACCAUUCAGCAAAUAAAACUUUAUUUAAAAA